AUGCCCCCCCGUCGUCGCCGCGAGUCCUCGUCCUCGUCCGAUUCUUCCUCUUCGGAAGACGAUGGCCCGCCGCAGGAGCCGUGGUUGAUCAACCAGCAAAAGCGCGGCGGUUAUGCGGUUAUAAAGUCAGGCAGUCGUCGUUAUGAUGAGUGGUGCGGUUUGGACAAACACGGCGACACUGUCACAUACCCAGGUAACGGAGCUUUUUUUCCCGAGGGCUACCAGCCCAAUUGGAACCAGGCCAAGCCGUUUCGAUGCCCGAUCACGAAUUGUGAGCUAGCAUUCGAAUUCCCCUAUAAAGUGGGCAACCACUUUAGACAAAAACACCGGAAGGCCCUUCUGUUCGACACCAGGAAUGGGAGGUUCAACGUAAUUGGAAAGAAGAGAGUGCCAACGGAUAAGGAAAACCGCAACGGACGGCGCAAGUGGGCGCCAGUUGUCGUGAGGCGUGCUCCCAACCCUGGAUGGCAAGCGGUUGCUCAAGCUCAGCAAGCCCAGGCUCAACAAGCCGCGCCCGCUCCUGUGGUCCAGCCUGCCGUCGCUGCUCCCGCUCCCGCUCCCUUGCCUGCUGCUCAACCUGCGCCCCAGCCGAAUGCCGCACCUCAGCCUCCCGCAGCCGUACCUGCUGCUGCACCUGUUGCUCUUCCGGUGCCCGCUCAAUUCGCCAAUAUUUCCCCGCGCCGUCGCCGCCCACCUCUCGCCGCCCGCCGCGCAGCCCGUCAAGCUUCCGCCCCCGCCGUCGUUCAGGUGCAAUUUCCCCAGCUUCCUCUCCCAGCCGCUCCAGUCCGCGACGCCGUUUCGUCGCCCCUCCGCCGCCUUCCACCUCUUCCACCUCUCCCCGAGAUUCCUCCCGCCGCCGUCGCCCCCGAAAACAACCGCGUCCUACUAUCCCAACGGUCCGCGACUCUCUACGCCUCUCCAAUCUGGACCUACCUACUCGCCCUCCUCCCCCGCCCGACCCCGGACUUCCCAGUCCCCAAGGACGCCGCCCUGCACACCUUCCUCACCUUUCCACGUCGUCGCGCCUUACCCACCGUCUGGCGCGACCGUCUGAAACAACACCCUUUCGAACGCCACCUCACCAUGAAAGAACUGAUCACCAUAGCAUGGUACCUAGGCGCACCUAAAAAACGAACUCCCACACCGUGCGGCACAGAGGGAUGUCCCGUUCAUGUCUUGGUCAAUACUUUCCGUGAGUUGGGAAGGGAUGAGAAUGGAAGAAGGAAGUGGAGCGAGAAGAGCAGGUUCGAGGAGAUUAUGUGUGAGUUUAAUACCCCGCAUCCUGACCCUGAUAGAAGAAGGGGGGUGAGAAAGGAGAUGGGAUUCCCUAGGUGUGUGGCGUUUGGGGAGGGAGAUCUGGAGAGGAUGGAGGAGACAGCUGGGGAAGGUCAGGAUUGGAAGGCGGUUAGGGAGCGGUUGGGUGGGUAUACGUGUGUUAAUGCGUAUUGGUGCAGGGGGGAGGAAGUGCCGUGGCCUGAGGAGUGA